AUAACAUCCAAAAUCAUAACACAUUCAACCAUUGAUCUAAUCAAGACAUUGAACAACACAAAAAACCAACCAAAAUGAAAUUCAUCGUUGUCUUCGCCGCCCUCUUCGCCGUUGCCUUGGCCGCUCCUCGUCCUGAUGCUGAAGUACUUAAGAACGAAUCCGAUGUCGGACCCGAAGGUUUCAACUAUGCUUAUGCCACCAGUGAUGGUGUCGAGGGUCAAGCUUCCGGUCAGUUGAAGAACGUUGGCACUGAAGAAGAAGCUAUUGUCGUCAAGGGUUCCUUCACCUACGUUGGUGAUGAUGGCGUUACCUACUCUGUCAACUAUGUUGCUGAUGAAAACGGUUUCCAACCCCAAGGCGCUCAUUUGCCCGUUGCCCCCGAAGCUUAAGUUGUUGUUUCAAUGCAUUUUUUAAUUGUUAAGUAAUAAAGUUGUUUGUUCGAUAAA